CAAGACGGCGUUUGCAGGCCAUCUUCCAAAUUCCAACUCCAUUAUUGCAAAUCUAAUAAUAACUUCUCUACCCUCUCUUUCUUUCACUUUUGCCCUAAACCCAAAAAAAAACUUUCGAGCUGGUCCAUUUUAUUAGUGAUAUUUAUAUUUAUGGCGAAAUUGGUGGUGGAAAAACAGUAUUAAGUGGGUAGGAAUUAUGACGGAGUUGUUCUAUUUAGAUCGGAAGCAAGAAGAUGAUCCAGAAAAUCAAAGAGCAAGAUCAGAACAACAGUUGUUUUUGUAUAAUAGUAGAUCAAACAAUCCACAACAGAUCUGCUCCAAAGAAUUCCAGAUAUGGCCGCAGUACUAUUCUCAUCACAACCAACAUCCUCCACACCAAAAUGUCGAGAAUUACAUUUCCUUUGGUGUGGGGCCUAGUAGAAGAUCCAGCUUGAUGAUCAACGCUUUUGAUCAUGACUUUGUUUCGAGAUCAGGGUUUACGAUGACGAAACAUAGCGGCGGAGGAAGUGGCGGUGGGAUGAAUUGUCAAGAUUGUGGGAAUCAAGCUAAGAAGGAUUGUUCCCAUUUGAGAUGUAGGACUUGUUGCAAGAGUCGAGGGUUUCAUUGUCAAACUCAUGUCAAAAGUACUUGGGUUCCAGCUGCUAAACGUCGUGAACGACAACAGCAACGUCAUCAACAAUCGUCAGAUCAGACUGUUCCCAAAAUUCAUAGAGAAAAUCCACCGUCUCUCACUGUUACUACCACUUCAGGGUUAGAACAUGGAAACUUUCAAGGUGAAUUCAAUUCGUCAGCUGUUUUUCGAUGCGUCAAAGUUAGCGCAAUUGACAAUGUAGAAGAACAAUUAGCAUAUCAAACAGCAGUGAACAUUGGUGGACAUAUGUUCAAAGGAAUUCUUUACGACCAAGGUCCAGAAUACAGCCAAAAUUUGAGCACAGGCGGUGACGGAGAAGAUGGUGGGGAAGGGCUAGAUUUGGUGAUCGGAGCAUCAAACGGUAGUGGGAGAGUUAAUAACCAAUCCACCCCAUUUGUGGAAUCUUCAUUGUAUCCCAUCCCAAUCAACUCAUUCAACAACGGUAUGCAAUUUUUCCCUUCUUCUAGAACAUGAAAGAAAAUGGGAUUCAAGUUGAAUUCAUAGAAGUAGAAAGGAAAACUCAAUGAUUUUAUGAUGGAUGGAUGUUUAAUUAAUGUAUUGAGUUAAGCUGAAUAUGAUGAUAAUGAUGAUAAUUGGAUUGAAAUUUGGAGGCUAUGUGUUGCAUUAUUAUGUUUGCGUUGGUUCCCAUAUGUAUGAUAAUAAGUGAUUUAAUGUAAUGUUAAAUAAAAAGUGAAAAAGGCGAAUGUUUUUGGUUGA